AUGAGAUCGUUAUUACGAUCUGCUUUGUGGUCAUCUCACACAUAUACGAGCAAUUGGUGCGCCUUCCCUGGAAGAUUUAUUCCAUCUUCGUCAUUGAAGAAAAGUAGGGCGCUCGCUUUUUUUACGCGCAGACACGGCUUCAACAAGCAAACGCCUUCCCUCUUUGUUCAGGACACCAUCAAAAGUUCGCUUCUGAAUCUCAUCCUCGAAAUCAUCCUCUACUUAAUCAUCCAGUUAAUCCUCCGCCAUAUCACGCACCGCACUCUCUUCAUUCUCUGGUCGGUUCUGGUCCUCUUUUCCAUUGUUUUGAAUCUUCUCUAUCCGCGCUUCCUUCUCCCUCUUUUCAACCGCCUCACGCCUCUUCCGCCCUCGUCGCUCUCCGAGCAGAUUCAGAAUCUCGCUUCACGCGUUGGAUUCCGCGUAAAUCGCGUGCAGCUAAUCGACAGCAGCCGACGAACCGGGCACAGCAAUGCAGCCGCUUACGGACUUUUCGGCGUGAAUGGCAUUUUAAUCGCCGACACGCUGCUGACUCAGCUCUCCGAACGCGAAAUCCUGGCGGUCCUCGGACAUGAACUCGGUCAUUGGCGAUUUGCGCACACCUAUCGAAUGCUCGCCGUCAAUUCGCUUGUGAUGCUCGCUAUGAUCGAGUCGUUCUCUCUCUUCGCGCACAACCAAGCGGUGUUCGCGUCAUUCGGUUUCGCCGACAUGCCGACUUUAAUGGGCUUUGUUUUGUUCAUGGAGUGCAUUUGGAGCGCAGUCGAGGAGAUCUGCGACAGCGUGGUGAAUGUUGUGAGUCGAAGACAGGAGGAUCAGGCGGAUGCCUUCGCUACAGAGUUGGGCUACGGAAAGGAACUGAAAACGGCGCUGGUGAAGCUGAAUGUGGAGAACGCGUCCACAUUGAAGGUUCAUUGGUUGGUGAGCAUGCUACGAAACAGUCAUCCGUCGUUGCUGGAGAGGUGCAAACAUAUUUCGGAAGUAGAGAAAAAGAAGAAAAUAGAUUUUGUUUUUUGUUCGAUACGCAAGUGGAAUAAAGUCGUAUGGAAACGUUAUUUAAUGUAG